AUGCGAAACAACAUCGCACCUGAAGCGUGGCUCCAGCUCGGCGAACUGCGGACACCCAAGGGUCUAUCGGCCCUCCAAUGCCUCUUACCUGACGAAGCCGAAGAUGGCGAAGGCGGCGAGUUCGUGAUAGAUGCGAAUCCAGGCGUCACUGCACUAAGUAAGGAGUGCUACGAGUCCUUUCACUUGCUAUUCUCCGAGUUCCUCCGCUUCUCUGACGCCACCUUGGCGGCAACAAGUCUCUUCACCCUACCUUCGUUUCCGCUCGACGCGGUGAACGAACGCGUCCCUUCGGUCUUGCCUUCUCUGGCGAUGCACCCCUCCGUGCGCAACCUGAUUCUCUGUUUCCAUCGCAACUUCGCGGCCGUCGCGUUUCCGCCGACGAUGACAGUCGCGGAAAGCAACAAAGUCAUCGACCGCGUGCAGAAAGGGAUCAACAAAUGGCUCAUGACAACCUCAAACAGUGGCCUGCGGCCCGCCCAUGUGGAGAUGCUCCGCGGUCCCGACUUCUUCGGUCGGCGCGGACAGGUCUUCCGCACCUUACUGAGCGAAGGGACAGUGGCGUCGCAAGGUGCCUAUCUGGAGAACGUCAAUCCCCACAGAGCCACAGCUGUUUGGCUCUCUCCCGACAAGAGGACUGUCGUCAGAGUCAACUGGAAGAAUCACCUACGGAUUGAUGUGAAAAUAACUAGUCCCUUCGACGCUAAGGAAAUCGCUCAAGGGUUCCAGAGUGCUUACUCUUUACUCGACUGCAUGAAGGCAAGCCUGAAUGAAUCGUUUGCGAGACAUAACGACUUUGGUUUCCUCACAGUCGAUCCCCUCGAUUGCCGUCUUGGCUUCACAGCGAUUUUCGAAACGCGCCUUCUUCAGGGCUUCAUGUCACGCGCGGCGUUACACGAGCUUCUGAAUCAGGCGCACAUGAGGAAAUUGAGGCUGAUGACGCCGGACGAAAUGAUCCACGGGCUCGUGCCGGUCUCGCUGAACACGCUCGAGGCGACCGACGAGAUGCAUAGUUUGGGAACGCUUACGCAGCUUUUGUCCGGAUUUCUUGAGGGCCUGAAGCUGCGACUCCCUCGGCCGCAGGUCGAUCCCGCGGUCACCAGCAUCCACGCGGUGGCACGCUUCAUGCAGCCGCUAGACCUCACGAGGAGCUCCCACGCCUUCACCAAGCUGCCGCAGCUCCUCAGCAAGAGAACCGACCGCAAGCUCUUGGAAAAGGAAGACGGCGAUAAGCGGACAGAGGGCGCGCUAGAUCGCAUCGCGGGCCUGCAGGCCCUCUCCUGCCCAGAGGGCCUUGACUGGUGGGAGGGAAAGUCGAGCUGCGGCUUCGCGUUCACAGACGACCUCCGCGACUACUGCAGCAUGAGCCCUACGCUGACAAGCUUGAUGGAGCGAUUUCACUCCACAGAGUCUGCAGCUUGGAAGGCGGCUGCGGAGAGUUUUUCCCUCAAACCCGACGCCAGUUGCCCCAGCGGACUGGCGCCUCUGCCUGCCUUUCCACAGUUUUUGGGAGAUAUCGCGAAGAAAAACCGUACGACUCUGAAAAGUGCGGCUGUCAAGCUAGUCGUGUGCUCGCUACGCCGAAAUCUGUCUCUCUACAAAGCCCCGAUUCACGCGACAGAGGAGGAGCUUUCCACGACGCAGGACGCUAUCUUAGACGCCAUUGCAGGUAUGGGGCCAUCCUUAGGGAGCGGUGUGAAUGCCGGUUCCGAGGGCCCCCCAGAUAUUCUGCGCUACUACUCGGCAUGCGGGAAUCCAACGAGCCGGAGCUGCGGAGGCAUGGAUCGAUUUCUGCACGACGUCGGCGUCAAAACAGAGUUCUCAAACUUCGAGAAGGCCAUCGGAUUCUCCACUCGUAUGAGCAGAGGAAGAGGUGUCUACGUUCCCCCUUGCUCAACUUGGCUCAUUGCGCUGCAGUUCGUGGAUCACAUUUACAUCCAGACGCACGACGGUAAAGGCCGCUUGGGGGAGAGCUUUUACCGGCUGCUAGAGAUCGCUCACUCGUUACAAAUUCACUUCAUCUCGUCUUCCGCUGUCUCGAGCGACCGCUUCGCGUUCCACUCUUCCCUCGGGUACCUCACCACCAUGCCAGAAUUCCUGGGUACAGGGGUGCAGUUGAAGGCGAAGCUGUAUCUGCCUUACACUCUCUCCACGCUGGAGGAAGGUGGAGCCAGCGACUUUGAGGCCCUCUGCCAACGCCACGACCUCGGCUUCGAGCUCGUCCAGCCUGCUGUCUUUGAGCAAAACAAGCCCAGCACCGGCAUGGUCUGGGUCAUGUCGACGGCUUCUCUGGGCGUGACGGAGCUGCAGCAGUUCGAGGCUUUCAUCAACGGUGUGGAGGCGAUUCUCGACAACGAAGAACGCACAGCCGGGUCGCUCGGGGCGACGAUGUCGAGGCCUCUCGCUGAAGAGGGCGAAGCUGUUCUGCCUCCGCUUCCGGAAAAGCAGCCAAGUGCUCAGAGCCCUGCGCCGCCGGGGAGCCCUCCGGGAGAGGCGCCGCGCCUUAAAGCUGCGGCGAAGAGAGACAUCGCGACCCUCGCGCAGCACGCGCAGUGGAAAGAUCUACGGACCGCCUUCGGGGGAAUGGCGCAUCACUGCGUCCAUAUGGGCAAAGCCUACAGAUUUCCAGGGGACAUCGCAGUGACAGACACGGAUGCCUUUGUGAAGUUUCGCGGCCUGUUCGAGGAGAUUAUGGGGAAGCCGCAGAACUCGAUGGAUGUUCUACUCAGCGCAGCAUCGUCCUCCCGCGCGUUGUCGGAAGUUUUCGACAUGUUUCAGAUUGCCGCUUUGCUGGAUGGCCUGCGGAAAGCUGUUUCGCUGUCCUGCAUCCAAGUCAGCAACCUCUGCUUCGUCACCUGCCGCAACUUCGCUUCCGUGCCUUUCUUGCCCUUCAUAGUAUCUGCUCCAAGUUUCACCCGCUACAACAACCGCGGCCUGUUGCAUUUGGCAGAGGUUGAGAAGGCUGUGAUUGAGAGGCUCACAGCGAGCAAAGACUGCGACGAUUCCCUGCCUCUCGUUGGGCAGCGAUACAUUCCGGUGUCCAGUCUGACGCCGCAGCAACAAGCACUUUUGAGAACCCGAUUUUUCGUGGAUCUACCGGAGAAGAAAAUGGGCGCCGAAAAAGACGUGCUCGACUGCGCCUACGAAUCCUUCAACUUCUGGCCGCGACACCGCGGGGUGAUCUUCUCAACCGAGCAGACAAUGGUCUGCCUUGUCAACUUCUGCGACCACGUGACCAUUCUCGCCACCUGUGAGGACAAGGAGCAGCUAUGCAACGGCAUGGAGAUGCUUCGGGCGCUCCAAAGCAUUCAAGCAACCUUGACGGCCCUCGAAGACAAAGACGCUCCCGACGGCCUCGCCAUCGCGCGGCGGGCGGACAUAGGCGGCUACGCGGGGCCGAAUCUGAAGAAGAGUGUGUGCCUCGCGACCUCCGUCGCUGCCCAACUGAGUGUAACGGGACUGAAAGCAGAGAAUGAAACCCGCGCCGCCGCAUGGGCAGCAGACUAUCGAGAUCGUCUGGAAAUCAUACGCGACUGGACGCCACGAGACACCCCAGCCAUACCUGCGACCGCGUCGACGCAAAAAGAAUCGCCGCAGCACUGCAUAGUGGUCUCGAAGAUGACUGCUUUCGAUCACGAAGUCGAGCUGCUGGAAUCGUUUUUGAAAAUUCUCACGUAA